GCGUCGUCGGAACACCUUUUCUUCUGCUUUGAAUGCUUGGAGCAGUUUGUCCGUACUCUACCCAUACGCCGUGUUCACUUGUUGCUGGUGGUCGUCCCGUUUUGUUACACGCGGGGUGUGUCCCGCUCAAACCAUGGAAACGUGCGACGAUUAUCCAACAUCAUUGGUCAAGCUUCGAAACAGCCAGGAAGAGUUUGAAAAUCAGUUCUACGCGGCAGAAGAAUGCAAGCGAAAUGAAAUCGCCGCAAGAUAUAUAGCCGAAGUGUCAAGUUCCGACGAUCCUUUCAUCGUCGCCGACUUGGGAACGGAUUCGGAGUGGAUAAACACAUCACGACCUUUGGUGGCUUCCGACCUGCGUGGCCGGGUCGUCGUGCUGGACUUCUUCACGUUCUGCUGCAUAAAUUGCCAGCACAUACUGCCCAUAGUGAAACAUCUUGAGCAAGAAUUCCCCGUCCACUCUGGUCUCCUGGUGGUUGGGGUGCACUCAGCAAAGUUUGACCAUGAGAAGGAGCUAGGCAAUGUCAGCAAAGCCCUAAUGCGCCUUGGCAUCAUUCACCCAGUAGUAAACGAUGCCCAAAGCUCUCUUUGGAAACGUUUGAAGAUCAACUGCUGGCCCACAUUAGUUGUCCUUGGACCAUCAGGACAGGCUCUGCUGUUUCUUGUGGGUGAAGGGGCGAUUCAGCUUUUGAUACCCUUCUGUCGGGUGGCAAUGGCCCAUUUCCUUCCUUCGUCUCUGACCUCAUUGCCAUUGGCUCCGGGUGUUCUUCCCACAGGGAUGUUACGCUUUCCAGCCAAAACGUGUGCCACUGAGACAAGACUCAUCAUUGCAGAUACUGGUCAUCAUCGCAUCGUCAUCACGGAUCAUAGUGGCAAGGUACUUCAGAUGGUGGGAGGCUCCGAGCCUGGUUAUCAAGAUGGUCCUCUAGAUUGCACGCUGUUCAAUGAACCAAAUGGUGUUCAGUGGCGAGAUCCUCACUUCAUUCUUGUUGCUGACACUGGGAACCAUGCCAUCCGUGAGGUCAACCUUGAGAACAGCACAGUGAGCACCUUGGCUGGGACAGGGCAACAAGGUGAAGACACCGUGGGAGGCCACCUAGGACAACAGCAGCCGCUCAACUCACCAUGGGACAUCUGUUUAGUGGACGACAUAGUGUUCAUUGCCAUGGCUGGCUUGCAUCAGAUCUGGGCCUUCUUCCUUCGAGAUGAAGUGCUAUUUGGAAAACGGACUUGCAGUGCAGGCACAUGUGUGUGCAUUGCUGGAAGCGGUGCUGAAGGGAACAGAAAUAACAGCUACCCUCUCAGAGCAACAUUUGCCCAGCCAUCAGGGCUUUGUUUUCAGCCACCCUGCUCUCUGUACAUUGCAGACAGUGAGAGUUCAUCCGUAAGAGUGCUGUCGCUGAAGGACGGGACGGUUAAAAAUGUUGUUGGCGGAGGCCUUGAUCCUACGGACCUAUUCUGCUUUGGGGAUGCAGAUGGUGUAGCCUUAGAUGCAAAGCUUCAGCACCCCCUCGGUGUUGCCUGGAACACUGCUAAAGGAAAGCUUUAUGUGGCCGAUAGCUACAACCACAAGAUACGAGAAGUGGACGUGGAAAAGCGAUUGUGCAAAACAUUUGUUGGAGGCGCAAGUGAUAAAACUCUAUCUGAAUUGCAUUCACAACCAGCAAAGCUCAAUGAACCUGGAGGUUUGUGUACGUUUGGAGGCAAAAUGUACAUUGCAGAUACAAAUAAUCAUUGCGUCAAGGUUGUUGACCUAGACUCUGGUUCUAUUGAAGUGCUUGCCAUUGCUGCUCCUCACGUCACUGACUGUGAUGGAUUGAGCGAAGAAAGUGUGAGUGACGGAAAGCGCGUGUUCAGUGUAACGCUAUCACCCGGAGGCCACCUGUGUCUUAGGUUUGAGCCUCCAGCUGGCCUAGCUACUGGAGCUCCAAACCGAUGGAAGGUUCAUUCCAGUCAACAUGUGUGGACGCAAACUCCUCUGCCUGCAGGAACACUGCAACCUGCAAUGCAAGCCACUGCUGAAUUGACACUGCAUGAACGCUGUAUUGAGCGGAACCUGAAUGUUCAAGUAACUUUUGAAGUUUACAUUUGCAAGGGUGAUGUUUGUGAACCUCAUUCAUGGAAUUUUUGUGUUGCAGUGUCCAUAGAUGACAAAGGUCCAGAAAAACAAGAAAUUUACUUUUCAAAAGACUUUUAUGUGUAAAACCACUAGGGGCAAAAGCAGGAUACCAUGUAAGCUAUGCAAAAGCUACACGUCUUUGUAUGGUGUGCCUAUAGCCUGCAUUGGAGAGGUGCAAUACAUUGUUUGUGCAAACACAUUUUUAUUUGUGUACAUGGCCAGUUUUAAAAUGCUUUUUCACAGCUCCUGUGCUGUCAUUCAGAGACUAUCAAGGUCACAAUCAAAAGCAACAAUUAAAAAGAAAAUUAUUACGCUACAUUAAUGAAGCAGAACUUUGUCUCUAUCUUUCAUACAUUCAUUCAUUCUCCCACAUAACCUCCAUUUGUCUGCAUAAUUUUGUUUCCUACCAAAUGGGAACCUUGAAGGUACCCCUCCAAUAGAACUCCAUUCCAACUUUGUAGAGAGUGUUGCACUGAUUCAUAGAUUGCCUAUAUAUCACAGAGUUCCACAUUCUUGGCCUCGCAUUUGAAGCAAGUGUAGAAGCAUUUCUCUUACAUUUAUGUGAUUCUCUCUAUUAAGGGACAAAUGUUAUGGCUGGCAUUACAUACUGCAAGGCGACUUUUCCUGUAGGUCAUUUAUCGUGUUGAGUGACUGAGUUUCUGCACCAUUUCAAUGUACCAAGAAGCAGUUAUUUACCUGUAACCUAGGCUUUCAAUCAUCUCCCAAACUUCAUUUUGACCCAUUUCAAGCAUUCUUGCUAUUUUGGCUAUUGUUACUUGCCCAUUUUCUCUGAUGAGUGCAUCAGAGGUUUCUUUACUGCCUUCAUUCAUGGCUGUCCGAGGGUGACCAUUCCAACUUUAAUCGCGAUUACUGGUCUGGCCAUAUUUAAUAUGCCAGACCCACCUUCGCACAUUGCUCAAGCUCUCUAAUGUCACCAUAUGCAAGCUGAAGCCUCUUAUAAAUUUCUAGGGCUGUAAUUUGCUCUUUCACCAGAUAAUGUAUUACUCACAUUGACAGAACAAGACUAUGUGCGCUGCCAUUUUGUUUAGUAUACUGGUGACUGGAUUAUGCUAUCUGUUGAUGCCAAAUGUCCACAUGAUUACAACAAAGAUGGUGCCACAUAUUACCAAACACUCAUUCUUGUUGACUUUCGGACUUUUGAACAAAAAGUUGGUCAUUACAUUUUGUAUGGCCCUCACAGAGUGCUGGGACCACAAACAUGAAGGGAGCACGUUUAAAUGUUUGUAUGUGUCCUCUUUCAUGUUUCAUCGCUCCAGUGGCCUAGUUUCUUGGUGACGAAAUACCAACUAGCUCAACUAUCCGUUCUGCCUGUAGUGUCCACACUUUUGCUCCUGGCACUGCUAAUUUCGAGGGUACCUGAUGUCUUCCAUAAUGAGUUCCAAAAAGCCAUGAACAUGUUAGCUUUGGGUCUUUUAAUGAAGCAGUGUGCUUAUCAUACUGUAAGUGUGUGCUGUAAGCAAUAGGCUUUGUUGAAGUCACAGACAUCUGUGAAACGACAUCUGUGAGCUGCUCAUUGUCUCAAGCAACUUUACAGCCACCCGACGAUGACCACAUAUGAUGUCCUCUUCUAACCUGUUAAAACUAACCUGCCGAGGAUGACAAGGCUACCUUUGAUGAAGAUAGGUCCUCAUAUUAAAACGUUGACCAGCCUUUCUGAGGCACUUUAUCCAUGUUUUAAACUUUUAUACCACAGUAUGAUAGUCCCUCUGACAGCCCACUUCUUGAUUUUGAAUAGGAGUUAAUACUUUUAGAACUUCGAUGCAGAGAAAACAGAGGAAGGAAAGGCACGGUAUUACUUUGACUUUGCGUAGUUGGUUAUCCCACUCGCAGUGCAAAGUUAUUCAUGGGAACUCAUGUCCCAAUGACUGUAAAAUAAAAGAAAGUGAGCGAAAGAAAAUCACCAACAUGCAUGCUGAAUACUUCGUUGUUGCUAAUCACACUAAAUUUGGUCGUCGCCACUAGUUAGUUGCGCCAUGCAGGCCGUCCACAGUUGCACUUCUGCUUAUCCACUAAAACGCCCAUCCACUUCUGCUUGCGUUUAGCCAAAUACCUGGACACACCUAUCAUGGCAGUAAUCCUCCAGCGUGAAGUGAUGGCAGGAACUGCGUAGAUGCUGGCGCUGAUCGGAUACCGACAGCCUGAUGUGCUGCAGCCACUCCAUUUGCACGUUGCUUUGCAGAGGAACAUGAUGUCUCAGCUUGACAUGCCGCUAACUGUUACGUUUACAGCCCACAAUGUACCAAGGGUGAUCCAUGGCACUCGCAAAAAAGAAAGCUCGAGACCAACAUUCACCUCCCAGCUCGCGUCAACAUGGAGAAUCUUGUAACACAAGCAGACGACGCUUGCUGUGUGCCGGAAGUGCAUGUACGUAGUGAGAAACUUUCGUAUAUUUUCCUUCUGUUCAUUUUUUUAUAGAAACAAAUUAACCAACAUUCAAGCUAUUAUGAUCAAUAUUUGUCCACCAUAAGCUAAGUUAUCGAGGACCCAACCUGGGUAGCCAAUCGGAUAGUCAAUUAGGCUAAAUAGGUCAAUUGUGAGGGGGCAGCUGAAAACUCGGGGAACAGCGCCGCUGCAAUCAGUAGCAAUGCAGUUUUAAAACCUUAUAAUAAAUUCCAGUAGAACCUCAUUGAUAUGUUCCCGUUACAUACAUUUUGCCGGCGCCAACGUUCGCAAUCGAGAAAGCACCCAGUAGAGUUACACUCAUUUUUCACCGGUUUAUACGUCCCCAGAAAACACAAUUUUUCGACACCAACAUUCAGUAUGUUGCCAAACUGUAAUCGUAUGAUACGUUUUCCAGCCGCUAGAGCCCGUGUAAACAAGAAAAUGCGCGAGGCGCGUGCGAUCGAUCACAGUAUUUAGCUUCACCGCAAUACUUGGCUGCCUGUCUCACGUGAAAACGCUGGCAAGCACUCAGUUUGUCAUUUGGGUACCAGCAAAUCUUCGGGGUAGUAACAUGCCGCAUUCACAGCUAUCGCAGCCAAACCUAUUGCGAUAAGCAUCUUCACUUAUCUCUAUUACAGUGUAAGGUACGUAGUGCCAUUGGUAGCGUACUGCACGCUUUUAGUAGGCGGUAAUACAAAUGCACUGCCGUUCCAUGCUGCCGGCAGCGCGAUGUGGGCAUCAUGUUUUGCUUCAGCGGCACCCGGUGUUGCCACCAUGCUCGAUUUCGUUAUGGUUUUCUGUCGCCCUCUUAAUACACCACACAAUAGGAAAACAAGAAAAUGCAUAUUGAGCCACCGGAACACCACCAGCUCCACGCGCGAAGGCAUCCCGUGCCGUAAGGAUCCGCGCGACGCUUCGCAUUACACAAUGUCAACAAUAGUUAAGUCUAGAAUUUGUUUCGUUAAUCGGAUCGUGCAUUUUUUCGGUUAGUAUGUUUUUCUCACAUUUUUCGCAAAACGUAUGAACAAGGUUCUACUGAAUACUCUUUAAGUGGAGCACUCAAGUGCAUCACUUAAUGAUCAGAGGGAUCUACCCUAAUGACUCAGUUGAGAUAAAAUGAACCAAAAAGAAAAUGAAGCGCAGUCAAAUUAGUGGAAGUCCACUGUAUUCAUUUCAAAUAGAUGCACCUUGCAACUUACAGGUUACACUUCAUAAGAUGCAACAUGUCCUGUAAAGUAAUUGGCUGAUUAUUCGUUUUGAUUUCUCAUGCAAGUAAUGUUCACCACUUUGAGUAAUAGAGCUCAAGGACUAGCAUCGUGCUAUCUGCUGUCUGCGAUAUCUAAAAAUCCUAGCAGAACCCAUCUCACCAUGAACAUUAAUGCGAUUAGCAUUGAAGCAAUGCAGCAGCACCCUGUAUUUUUCAAAUUCUUCACUUCCGUGUAGCCAACUUCAAUGUUGCAUUACUGGCAUCAUAUUCACUUCUCCGUACUUCCACGGUCCUUGCUGAAUGAAUGCUCUCAUCCAAUUCUGCUCACUUGACUUCAUUCUCUACACUUGGCUCAUUUGAUGCCAACCACUUCACUUCUCUGUAGCCUGCUUCUUCAAUUUUCUGUUGCAAACUUCUUCACUUCGUGCCCCAUAUUCUGCUUGUCUAUACAGCCACCUACCCAGUGGCACAAACCCAUCCUAGAGGAUUAGCUAAGGAUGUUCAAAUAACCAGUGUCACUUACCCAGUUGCACAUGGCCCAUGUUGCCUAUUUGGGCACAUACCCAAUGUUCUGAGUGGGCUUGAAAGAGGUUAGAUACAGAGAGACAUACCAAAAAAUGUGUGAUUUUCCCAAAGAACACUAAUCUCACUAAAAAACACCCUGUACAUUGUAUUUGCUGCAAAAGCUCUGGUAAUGACUAUGUGUGAGAAUUACAACUUCACUUACUGACCUGUCCAACUGCUCUGUAUCUUUUGUUCCAUCACUGCUUGUUCCAUGAUUUGCUCUGAACACUUAGUUGCUGUGAGGUGCAACUACUGUUCUUAAACAAGUGCUGCUUCUCACUGCUCAAAAGCUUCCGAUUAAUCACAUUGUUAAGAAAAGCACUUGUUUCAUGAUGCACUGCUAACUGUAAAGUAGUAACUUGUUUAUUUUUUUGGAAUGAACACAUAGCAAGAGCAUUUUUACCUAUGGUGGUGGUGAUGUAGCAACACGUGGGUUUAGCCUGGCGAUCAAGGCCGGCAACUGCACUGUGCAAGCGUCUCUUAUAACAUCACCGUGGUGUUUCACCACAUUUCCAUCAUACCAGUCCCUCUUAGGAAUCCGAUAAGCAGACAUGAAGUUUCUUUGCGGUCUAUAACUGGUACUUCGGGGAACACAAGGCAUUGGAGGCACAUAUGUGGAAGGUCCCUUUGUUGCAGAUUUUUCAGGACAGCGUCCCUUUCGUCUCGGAAUUUAUGGUACAACUAUGGAAAGUGUACAAUGUCCCCUGUCUGGUUGCAUGUCGUACAGUUCGGAGAACUGGUGCGCCCCGUCUUAAAUAACCAUGCAGGUGUACUGGCAGAUCCUGUCCUUAUAUGAUAUAGAGUCAGGCUUCCUCUUCACGAAAUCUAUUGGUUAUGUGUGGCAGAUGUGGUGGAACCCAAAGUGAUUUCAAAAGUCAGAUUUCUUAGCUUGAUUGCUCUUUGGGCCCUUGACCUUGGGUUGGACGGAGGAGUACUGCAUACAAGAGCAUCAGCUUUUUCUUUGUCAGCAAUGCCAAUGUAGGAGGGAAUCCACUGAAACUUUACCAUGAAGACUUUGUUGUCGAUUUCUUUCAUUGGGGCUAGUGAUUUGUUUGGGAACUUGGACGAUAGGCCACGGUAGAUUUGUUGCCAUGCGGCCCUUGAGUUUAUAAUGAGGACCACACUUUGUGGAGGCAACAUCUUUAAUUUGCGCAGAGCAGCAAUUGCCAUGCCUUCAACAACUGUCGACAAAGCUGUACAGCCCAGACGGCCAGACCAUGCAUAUCUCAGAGAUGGAAUAGAAUGCAGCUGCACAACAAUCUUUGUCUAAUUUGACAGAACCAUGUGUGUACACUAGGAGGUGAUUCGAAUAAGUUUGUAAUGUUCUCUGCAGGAAUUGCCUACACAACAGUGUCAGGCCACCUAUUUCAUUAAGAGAACUGGUACAUAGCUUAGAUGUCAUGAAAUAAAAAUUGUAGGGCUAUCCAAGUACUGAACAUUCUGAUCUGAAUAUGAAUAUUCAAGAAAAAUGAUGUCCGCAUAUUGUAUCAAAUAAUGAAUAUUUUCCCACCUCAGCAAAGUGAAGUAUAAAGUUUUCAUAGAGUCUGUCUGGUUAAAAAUGGUUGUUUACGUUACUUGAUAUGUGCAUGUGAUGCCAAACUGGAAAUCCAGUCAAAUGAGUAGCUUGCAAGUAAUAAACAACUUCUUUCAGCUACGUUGUGCACAUUGGGAAUGACCGUAACAAAACAAGAAAAACAACAUGUCACUGGAUGCACACACAUUGUGCUCAUUGAAGGAACCAAUACCACAGCACUGAACGCUGGUUUGAACAGAUGCGACCAGGAUGACACUGACCAAACAAAGACAAAUUUGCCUAAGUCAAGACAACAGACAUAUAGGUCACCUAAGGGCGAGGCAUUCAUAUUGUUUGACCGCACAUGUCUGUAAACAAGUUGGCUGCAUUCACUGAGGAACUGCUGCCUAUUUACGGCACUUGUGGCUGCCCUGCAGAAGCGUCUUUAGGAGCAGCCCCGACUUUCAUCAGUGAUCCUCCCACAAAGCUCUAAUAAAUGUCGCUAUUCCUCAUAUUCGAACAGGAACAAAUAUUCUACAAUUUAGAAUAAUGAAUUCUCAUAUCGAAUAAACCGUAUUCAAGAUACUGAAUUUUGCAUGCAGCUAAAAAUAUUUUAAAAUAUUUAAUGCAAGGUGCAUUCUUUAAAAAUUGGUUCAAGUAGGUUUGAAAUGUUAUGUUGCCAUCAAUUUGAAGUGUGUUACAUGAAAAAUAACACUGCAUACAUUAAACCCUACAUGUAUACAGGAAACAUCUGAAAAGCAACUCCAGUGUUUCUUCAUGUGACCAACUUUUCAUGGUCUGGAGUCUCGCCCUCGGUGGCGCACCAAUUCAGGUGACCCCGAAAAAGAGUCGUGAUUGUGUACCUCUAACCGGCUUUCACCGGUAACGGAAGCUGGAACAUCGUUAUAUCAAGGUUGAAUUCUACACUAAAACAAUCUUUGUUCUAUCCGAUAUAUCGUUACAAAAGCACACAGUGGCAUCGGCUGCAACAGCCAUUGCGAAGUAAGCGCAAUCAUGGUGCUAUGUGCCGGCACCGCAAGCCACCAAAGGCUCGGAUAGUAUAGAUGCAUUUACUGGACUUUCCACUGCUUCACAAUACUAAAUUACGAAGACGCGCCUUGUAUUGUCGUGAACGUGCAGUACGUAAGCUCAAAAAUAAAAAGAAGGUUCCGCCCGAAAGAGCACCGAUUGCGAUAGCAAGUUCGUAGAUAGCUGUACAAAGUGAGGACAGUAGUUUUACUGACUGCAUAAACUUGUAAACAUGCGCUUUCUAAGUAAAUUAACAAUAUAAUGUGUAAGCGUGACUGAACAAGAAUGUAUAAAGAAACAGACACAGCGACGGCGCUGUCUUUGUGGGUCUAUUUCUAUGUCCUUGUUCAGUCGCGCUUACAGAUUCUAUCAUGGAUUCAAACCAACUAGCCCGCCAGCGUGUUUCAACUAAAUUAACUAGCACGGUGUCACCCGCGCACAGGUAAAGAUGAACACAUCUCGCUCGAUGAGCGCGGAAACUCGCUGUCGAAAUGCUGGAGUGAGGAAUCGCGGCAGAGGCAAGCGCAUUGACCUUCGUGUAUCUCUCCCUUCAACGCGAAGCAAACGUCGAAAGCACAGUGCAUGCAAAGCUGCCGGCACUCUGCAAACAUCGCAGAUCGCCUUGACGAUGAGGCCCGCGCAGGCGCACACUUUGGCCACGUCGCAGAUCGCUUUCAAGACACUCGAGCGCCGGCAACGCGUCCCUAGGGUACAGCCUAUGGCGACCGCUUAAGGCGUCUACUAUGGUGUCCGCCAUUCGCGUGCCCAACGCCGUAGUAGAUAGCGGUUGUCUCCACUCUAUGCGGAGCUGCUUGCGAGGAGGAAAUCGAGGCACCGUAGCAGCCGCCGGAGAAGAGCGCCCCUCCUCCCUCUCCUGACUCCCCUGCCUCGCUCGCGACAGGAGAGGGCACGCUUCCGGGCCGGCCCACGGGCUGCCGUGGCCCGGCUUCACGGCGACGGAACCUCACGGCGACGGCACAAACGCACCUGUAGUGUCAAUCCGACUUUUUUCAUGCGCAUGCGCCCUGCCCUAGCGGAUUUGUCGCGAAACGUUUUCGAAGGGUCGCGCGCGUGGUUGCUCACACACACACAAAAAAAAGUGUUCGGUCGCGCACAACUGUAAACAUUCGUGCCGUGUGCGGCGUUGAAACUCCACUGGUAGCUCGACGUCGGUGCGGUGGCGAAAACGUGCGUAGCGUAAGACUGCAACUCCACUUUGAAAGAAAAAGCGGCCAGGGCCUCGUCCUAACUGCACCAUGAACCACGUAGUUGCCGGCUUGCAUUGACAGCUACCAAAAUUAAUGAAAAAUUCUCAGUGCAUUUCCACUCUGUCAGGAAAGAUGACCAGCGAAGCUGUGUAUGUAUCACCACCGCCGCGGGUCGGCCCUCGUAUGGGGAGUGCUUAACGCUUGCUUCACCUCCGCCGCGGGUCGGGCCGGUAUUUAACUAUCUCCGGGAUUGACCCACGUAUGGGAAGUUUUCUUGCUUACAAUGACACGAAAAUUUCAAGAGAGAAGCAGCAGCAUAAACAACCGCUUCGCUCACUUGCCAACGGUGUCAGCUAUAGCAGCCACCUUUUCGCAAGGGAAGAGCAUGGCCUAUAAAUGAGCACUUAUGCGAGCACAUUUUUCUCUAAUAAUGCUUUAUGGCACGCGAAAUCGUAAGAACGAAGGCGUUAUAGAAAAACGAGAAUCAGUAAUAAAUCAACAGCCCGUAAUAUCUCUAUCUGGAUCACAGCUGCCAUUGUCUAAGUGGUUCGGCCGCUCAUAUUGACUCGUCUCAGGGUGGAACAACACGGCGCAUGUGCGCAGAUAUAUUUUGCUACGUUUUGACCUUUCAUAUCAGCGAUGCACCUUUUCUCCAAUAUUUGACGCUAACAAUGGUCUGUGGCUGUAGGUGUCAGGGCAAACAAGUGCACGCUUUGCUUAAACUUCGAACACUUCGAAGAUACAAACAGCGAGUUCCAAGUGCAGAAAUCAGCGACAACAAACUCCAAGGCAGUCGUAUCGGCAAACGGAACUCAGUAUGCCUUUAUCGGCCGCACUGUUUGCAGAACAGCGCGCUCAGGCCUGCUCACCCAGUAGUCGGUAAGUGCGACAUGGUUUCCAGGAACGACAUGCUGCCCCGAAGAAGCCAUUAAUGAUUCCGCGAACCAGGAAACGCACAACCGACGCGCACUCAACG